UAAAUGGAUAAGAAUCAUCCACAGGACACAAUGCAAUGUGUCUAAGAUGUGCUUGUGUGCCUGAGCGUGUGCGUGUGUGUGAGGGUGUGGCUGGACGUGUUUAGACAGAGCCUGCCCUGUUGACUCCCUGAGUAUUCCACUGACAGACUGAGCAUUUGCAUUAUAGGUCAGGGCCACCGGCCACAUUGUUUCAUAGCGUUUGUCAUCUAGACCUCGCGCAAUCUCUCUUGUGUGCCUUAUCGACUGUGGAGCGGUUGUCCAUGGUGUGCUUCAUCAUUAUCCAAGUUUGCUUAGCCUUUUUUAAGAAUCUUGUCUGCUUCAUAUCGAUUAUCAAUGACCUUGUCUUUAGUACUGGAUUCUGCAUCAAUUGUGCUUUUUCAGCCACUGCAGUAUAAAGUAAUACACUUUAUUUCAGGCUUACUGUAGAGCACCAGUGCUAGCAACAGCACACUACCAGCUGUUCAAAUUCUACUCCGUUGGAUAAUCCUAUCGGUAUUAUUUAGUAUGUUUACAUCACCUCAAUUUAUCCUUCUUAGACUUCAUGUCUGUGUUUUGUCUGCAAGACAUCUGAACUUGUUCUUGUUAAUACUACUACUAACACUCAUGAACUUUGGUAACUUGAGUGACCACAGUUUCUGUCUCCAGGAUGCAGACAUUUUUUCCCUCUCAAAACCACACCACACAACAUUAUGGAGUGUUGAGUCGCCUUUUGAUUUUAUGUCCAUUUCCCUAUCAGAGAAGAUGGAGCAGCACGUGACCUGGAAUGCUCUGUGACAUCUCCUUGAUAAGAACAUUCCAACCGGGCUUUUCUACUUUUUAUAUAGCUGUUGGAGUUCUAUAUUUCCUAGACAAACACAUUCCGACAAGAUCUCAUUGAGGCUCUCCAACCAAGACGGCCUUGGCUAAAGACUUGUUUAAACCAACCAGUCUGCGGAUUUUCUCAGUAAAGCAAGUACGCAAGCAAGGUGUCAAGCAGACAGUUGAAAAGCACAGCAAUGGAGACAUUGUCCCAAGACUCUAUCCUGGAGUGUCAGAUCUGCUUCAACUACUACAGCCCGCGGCGGCGGCCCAAGCUGCUGGACUGCCACCACACAUGCUGCUCGGUGUGCCUGACUCAGAUGCGGGGCGGCCAGCGCGAGGUGCGCUGCCCGUGGUGCCGCCGCAUCACCAAGCUGCCCGCCGGCCUGUCCGUCUCCCAGCUGCCCGACGACCCAGACCUGGUGGCGGUGGUGGCCAUCCCGCACGCCUCCGAGCACACGCCUGUCUUCAUCCGCCUGCCCAGCAAUGGCUGCUACAUGCUGCCCCUGCCCAUGGCCAAGGAGCGGGCCCUGCUGCCGGGGGAACUGGGCUGUCGGCUGCUGCCGGGCGGGGCGGCAGGCCUGGGGCCCGGGGGCAAGGGCAGCGGCGUGGCGUUGGUGGCCAUGCCUGAACAGGAGCCCCUGGGCCUGGGCAGUCUGGAGGGCCUGGAGGUGGAGGAGGAGCGGAGAGGAGGAGCGGUGGGGGGAGGCGGUGUGGGUGGGAAGGGCUCCACGUGGUCGGGAGUGUGCACGGUCAUUCUGGUGGCCUGCGUGCUGCUCUUCUUACUGGGCAUCGUGCUCCACAACAUGUCCUGCAUCUCCAAGCGCUUCACCGUCAUCUCCUGUGGAUGAACUCACACACAGGCCCCUGUGUGUUUUGAGAUCCAUACACUUAACCAUACACUUGCCCUUACACACACGUACACACACACACGCACACACACACAAGCACACACUCCUAACAUCCUCCCAUGGUGAGGACUGUGUUUGAAAAGACAAAACAAAAUAAGAAUUGAUCUCAGUAUAUGUGUUGCAGCUGAGAGGAAAGUGGAUGUGAAUGUUAAAAAAUGGCUUCAUGGAUUGUAUGGAUGUUAAACUUUUGUUUUGAAUUUUUUGGGACUGUGGAGAUAUGCAGUUCAUACAAUGCAACAGAAUUACUCUUGCAUACAAACAAACAAACACCCAAAUUCACACACACAAACACAGCUACAUCCCUGUCAUUGGAUACUCAAGGUGUCUCAGAGCUGAUUAAUUUGCCUCGGGCACUGGAUAAAAAAACAUCAGGGUCUGUCCUGCCCAGAGCAGCCCUAAUACAGGCAGGACACUCUGUCUAUAUGCGUUCAGUAGGUGUUGGCCAGUAGAAGCAUUUACUUUCAUGUUUAUUACUUACUGUUUGGUUUUUCCUAUGUAAGUAAAAGAGUACACAACUGCACAAUGUGAGACAUAAUAUAAUCCAGUAGCUAGACCUUGGCCUGGCUUGUGUAGUUUAACAACAACAACACAUUGCGUCCUGUGUUAACAUGUAGACAUGCUCGCAAUGUAGUUCAGUAUUUGUGAAUGGGCUCUGUGUUUUAUUUCAUUUGAUCACCAAGAAAAUAAGGUGUGUGGACAACGCUUUUGGUCAUAACAGCAUAUGCAGUGAUCACUCAAUCUUGGUGUUGUCAAAAGCAAACUAAACAGAACAGGGAGAUAUAUGUUAAUAUAAAACUAUUAUACCAGCAGCGUGUAACUUAAAGCACAGAUCCACCAUGCCAGUGGUAGAAGACUGGAUAGUAAUAACAACAAUAAUGUGUUCUGUAGUCCCUGGAGAAGAGUCCCUAGAGAAACUGCUGUAUGUCUCUUUGUUCUUUAAAUGUCCUCUUGUCCACCCAAGAAAACACAAUGCAGGUACUGCUUUUAAAAGGGAAGAGGUUAGUGUUUGAUCUUGCCUAUGGCACACACACACACACACACACACACACACACACACACACACACACACACACACACACACACACUCUCUCUGCAUUCAUUGAUCUGAUGCUGAGUGCAGGCUUUGAGUCAUGUAAGAGAGUGAUGGAGCAGUGAUCAUAGUUUGUGUGUGUGUGUGUGUUUAUGUGUAGCUUAACUAGCUAUACAGUAAUCUCAUUGAUUUAUAUACUAUGGUUGUCUGUAGAGACCUUUGACUUAUCCCAUGUGUGCCAAAUGACUUGUUCCUCUUGGCUCUCUCUCUUUUCUCUUUUCAUUUUAGAGUGUAUACACAAACAAACAGGGUGAAGCAUUUUGUAUAGACAACAUGUAAGGCAAAAAAGCAAUGAUUGUGUUUCACUGUCUGCAGUUAUAUGUGUUUUUGUAUGACAGAGGAAGCAGCCUUUUGUCUACAGACUGGGAGGAGUGUCAGCAGGUCAUGUGGUGAUGUUUUUUUUCUCUCCCUGGUCCAAGAUUCAAAGGAAACUGGCAAAAAAAAUGUUCAUAUUAGUUGUCUGCUUGUGAGACAUACAACAUGUCUGACAAACGAUUACACCAUCUGUAGAACUUGAAACUGUGGCUUUCAGUUGAUAAAAAGGGGAAACAAUGAAACUGAUGUGUUCCAGUUGGAGCGGCUGGCCCUGAAACGCCCAGCAUGUUGGCCAGAGUUGUCCAUCUGUGUAGAGAAAUGAAACCUAAUAGGAUGGACAAGCCACAGUGUGGUUAACGCAGCUAACUUAUUGUUCAACUUUUUCAACAUAUACUACAGCCCAGCAUGUUAAUGUGAGGUAGAAGGUAUAUCUGCUAGGGCAAAUAGGCGAGAAGUAGAUCAAAUGAUCAAUAAGGUGGCAGGGAGAAUAGAGAGAUUUAGAUAGCAUGGGAGCCCUGGAUUUGUAGACUGAUGUGAAAUAAUCUGAUCAUACACUCACUGAUAUCCCAUAUCUCCAGCCUGGUCAGUUUGUGAUGGCCCUUCAGAGAUGGUAGCCAUCAACAAACUGGUGCAUCUUGCUCCUUUUGUGGCAAUAUCAAAAUUGACUGUUAAGUAAUCAUUGUGUGUGUGUGUGUGUGUGUGUGUGUGUGUUUUCCAGGAAUACAUUUAACAUAUUCAGUCAUUCCAGCAGAAAUUAGCCAAUGUUUGUCUUUUUACAAUGUCAGUGGAUGGAAUGUAUUCUGCUGAAAUCAAACUUGCUCUCUCAGAAAUAUGAUUUACUUUCAUCUCCGUCUAUGGGCUUUGGCACAUUUGAUUGGCUCAUGUAGGUUAUUUCUUGAGAAGAUUCAAAGUGAGAACAUCUAAAAAGCCAAUAAGACAUCUUUGCGACUAAUUGAUGACCCUGUAGUUUCUUUGACAUAUUUACUUUAUGUAAUUAAAAAUGAAGUGUCUAAUUGACAUAUGCAAGUAACAGGUGCCUGAGAAAUUUGUUCAUUUUGGAAGCAGUUGCCUCAUUUACCCCCAUACAUGUACCUUCCUUUUCUUAACACCAACAUACAAAACUACUGUAAAGAGUCAGUACUAGUUUGUCUAGACUCUGGUUAACACAAUAUACUACCUGUGUGUGUUUACUUGAGAGAGAAAGGCAAUUUAAUGAUGUGUGUGUGUGAGAGAGAGAGAGAGAGAGAGAGUGUGUGCGCGUUAUGUUGUACAGUACCUCUGUUGUGAUGUUUGUUCAUGUCCCAAGGUUUACUAUUAAAUAAUACUUUGAAUCAA